AUGCACCUCAUCCCAUUGCACCCCGCCACGCUGCCGGGGACCUGGGACCCCAAAGAAAUUUCUUUCCGCGAGAGCCAACGGGAAGCUCAGCCCAAAAAGUCCAAAGAGACCUUGCUAUUGAUUAAACUACAGGGGCUGGGAAAUUCCCCUUCUAUCUUGUGGGUUUCAUCUUCUGUACUUCUCUUUUCUUCUUUUCUAGCUACUGCAGCACAAUGGGCGAAAAUCUGCUCAAGUCAACCUACAAACAAAAUCAGAGGCUGCGACUCCAAGGGCUGCGGUGGAUACAACGACCCCAGAGGAGGAGGGAGGAAGCACAGAGGAGUGGACGUGGUGUGUGAGGAUGGCUCGGUGGUGUACGCACCCUUCUCGGGGAAGAUUGACAAACAAGCCAGGCCCUACGGAAACGGCAAUGACAUCGACAACGGAGUCCAGCUUUCAGGAUCAGGAUUCUGUAUUAAGAUGUUUUAUAUCAAACCUGUCAAGUACAGUGGCCCCAUCAAGAAGGGAGAGAAAAUCGGCAUCCUGCUGCCCAUGCAAAGGGUCUACCAAGGAAUUACGUCCCAUGUCCAUAUCCAGAACUGUGACUUAACAGAUCCUACUCCCAACCUGUAA